AGCGCUGCCAUUGGCCGAUCCGUGCAAAAACAACAAGCGGCUGCUCCGGGAGACCCAGAGCAGCUCCGGGGGGAAUCAGGAGCAGUUCGUGCCAGCAGCUCCCACCCUGCAGUCCUUGCAUCGCCCGCAAGAGACAUUGGGGGGACAAGCACCGACAGCCCCCGGCCCAGCUCCUGCUCCUUGUUUAGAGCAGCCUGUUAAUGCUCUGUGAGCAUUGCCGCAUGGAACCAUGGGCAGGAAAUGGCUAAUCACAGACUCCUUCCAAGUGGUGAAGAAGAGGAAAAGAGACAGUAAGGAAACAAAGAAGGCUCAGAGCCUGCUCCAUGACACGGUGACAGUCCAGGCAGUCCAAGAUGCUGCACAUCCAGACCAGCUGGAGACACUAAAGCAAUUUGACCUCAGCUGGCAGUACGGCCCCUGUACAGGAAUCACCCGCUUGCAGCGCUGGGAGAGGGCACAGUUACUGGGUCUCAACCCCCCUGCUAUGGUGCGGGAAUUGCUAGAGAAGCACAACAAGGACCCUCUCGUUACAUACAGCCUGUGGCAUGGAUAUUGCCUCUGAGAGGAGAAUGUGAUGGUAUCUCAGCCUGAGGAGAAUUUCCUGAGUUUUGACAAUACUGGAUAACUCCUUCAUUCCUAUCGUGGAAAUUCUGUGCUUGGCCCUAAAAAGAUGCCAAGGUCUACUAGCUGAUCUCCACUUACAGGUUCUGGCCCCAGUCUAUCUGCCACUUAUACAUAAUAAUCAAAGCUUCUUAGGGAGUACUUAGAUGGCUGAGGUCAAAUGAAGGUGAGGAUUGAUUUAGAUCAGUGUUUUUCAACCACUGUUCCGCGGCACACUAGUGUGCCGCGAGAUGUUGCCUGGUGUGCCGUGGGGAAAAUUGAAAAAUUCAAUUUAUAUAUAGUCAAUAUAGGCACAGAGUUAAUUUUUUAAACAUUUUCUAAUGGUGGUGUGCCUCGUGAUUUUUUUCAUGAAACAAGUGUGCCUUUGCCCAAAAAAGGUUGAAAAACACUGAUUUAGAUCAAUAUGCUGUGCUUUGGGGGGGGUGGAAUCCCCCAAACUGGGUGACUAGUUCUUGGAAGCCAGGCUUAGUAUGGCACUGCAUCCUGUUUAUUUUACUGUUGUGUGUUCUUUGAAAACUUGCUUAAUUUGUUGAAUUGGCUAUCAAGUUAACUGACAGAGAAAUAAAACAGUUGCACAUCU